UCUAGGGCCUAGGCGCAGACGCACUGAGCCCAAGCGGCCGGUGAUGGCGGCAGUGGCGGCUGUGGCUGCGGCGGGUCCGGGCCCAUGAGGCCACGACGGAGGCGGGACGGCUUUUACCCAGCGCCGGACUUCCGAGACAGGGAAGCUGAGGACAUGGCAGGAGUGUUUGACAUAGACCUGGAUCAGCCAGAAGACGCGGGCUCUGAAGAUGAGCUGGAGGAGGGGGGUCAGUUAAAUGAGAGCAUGGACCAUGGGGGAGUUGGACCAUAUGAACUUGGCAUGGAACAUUGUGAGAAAUUUGAAAUCUCAGAAACUAGUGUGAACAGAGGGCCAGAAAAAAUCAGACCAGAAUGUUUUGAGCUACUUCGGGUACUUGGUAAAGGGGGCUAUGGAAAGGUUUUUCAAGUACGAAAAGUAACAGGAGCAAAUACCGGGAAAAUAUUUGCCAUGAAGGUGCUUAAAAAGGCAAUGAUAGUAAGAAAUGCUAAAGAUACAGCUCAUACAAAAGCAGAACGGAAUAUUCUGGAGGAAGUAAAGCAUCCCUUCAUUGUGGAUUUAAUUUAUGCCUUUCAGACCGGUGGAAAACUCUACCUCAUCCUUGAGUAUCUCAGCGGAGGAGAAUUAUUUAUGCAGUUAGAAAGAGAGGGAAUAUUUAUGGAAGACACAGCCUGCUUUUACUUGGCAGAAAUCUCCAUGGCUUUGGGGCAUUUACAUCAAAAGGGGAUCAUCUACAGAGACCUGAAGCCAGAGAAUAUCAUGCUUAAUCACCAAGGUCAUGUGAAACUAACAGAUUUUGGACUAUGCAAAGAAUCUAUUCAUGAUGGAACAGUCACACACACAUUUUGUGGAACAAUAGAAUACAUGGCCCCUGAAAUCUUGAUGAGAAGUGGCCACAACCGUGCUGUGGAUUGGUGGAGUUUGGGAGCAUUAAUGUAUGACAUGCUGACUGGAGCACCCCCGUUCACUGGGGAGAAUAGAAAGAAAACAAUUGACAAAAUCCUCAAAUGUAAACUCAAUUUGCCUCCCUACCUCACACAAGAAGCCAGAGAUCUGCUUAAAAAGCUGCUGAAAAGAAAUGCUGCUUCUCGUCUUGGAGCUGGUCCUGGGGACGCUGGCGAAGUUCAAGCUCAUCCAUUCUUCAGACACAUUAACUGGGAAGAACUGCUGGCUCGGAAGGUGGAGCCCCCCUUUAAACCUCUGUUGCAAUCUGAAGAGGAUGUGAGUCAGUUUGAUUCAAAGUUUACACGUCAGACACCUGUUGACAGCCCAGAUGACUCAACUCUCAGUGAAAGUGCCAACCAGGUCUUUCUGGGUUUUACAUAUGUGGCUCCGUCUGUACUUGAAAGUGUGAAAGAAAAGUUUUCCUUUGAACCAAAAAUCCGGUCACCUCGAAGAUUUAUUGGCAGCCCACGAACACCUGUCAGCCCAGUCAAAUUUUCUCCUGGGGAUUUCUGGGGAAGAGGUGCUUCGGCCAGCACGGCAAACCCUCAGACACCUGUGGAAUACCCAAUGGAAACAAGUGGAAUAGAGCAGAUGGAUGUGACGAUGAGUGGCGAAGCUUCAGCACCACUUCCAAUACGACAGCCGAACUCUGGGCCAUACAAAAAACAAGCUUUUCCUAUGAUCUCCAAACGACCAGAGCACCUGCGUAUGAAUCUAUGACAGAGCAAUGCUUUUAAUGAAUUUAAGGGAAAAACGGUGAGGAGGGGAUGUGUGAACAUCCUGCAAGGUGAAACAAGAAGACGCAAAGGGAUGGUCUCGAAGAGUCAGUGUCAUUACAUAGAACACUGUGGACAGAGGAAAAAACAUGGAUUAAAAAAAAUCAAUCAAUGGUGCAAAAAACUUAAGUGAAAAUAGUAUUGUGGAACUCUUUAGGCACAUCAAUUAAUUGAUUCCUAGCGACAUCUUCUCAACCUUAUCAAGGAUUUUCAAAUUGAUGGCUCAAAACUGACAGUAUUAAGGGUAGGAUGUUGCUUCUGAAUCACUGUUGAGUACUGAUUGUGUCGAAGAAGGGUUAUCCUUUCAUUAGGCAAAGUAUGAAACUGCCUGUUAUACUUGCAACUAAGGACAAAUUAGCAUGCAAGCUUGGUCAAACUUUUUCCAGCAACAUGGAAUCAAAGACGAAAGAAACUUAUCGAUUGAUGUUUUACGUGCAAACAACCUGAAUCUUUUUUUUAUAUAAAUAUAUAUUUUUCAAAUAGAUUUUUGAUUCAGCUCAUCAUGGAAAACAUCCCAAACUUUAAAAUGCGAAAUUAUUGGUUGGUGUGAAGAAAGCCAGACAACUUGUUUCUUCUCUUGGUGAAAUAAUAAAAAUGCAAAUGAAUCAUUGUUAA